AUGCCCGAAGUGGCGCCCCAAGGUUCAAAACCCAUUACAGAAACCUGUAACCGUCUUUCAGUUUCUGCAGUCUGUCAAAAACUGAGGUACAGUGAAUCGCCGCCUACUAAAUUUUUUGCAGCAGACAUGCCUAAGUCAAGGAAAGGGAAAAAAGAAAAUGGAAGAAAAUUGUGGGAGAAAGGAAGCAUGGAGGUAGCAGUGGCAGCAGUUAGAGAUGGUAGAAUGGGGUAUUUAAAAGCAGCAAAACAAAUUAAUGUGCCACGAAGCACCCUUUUCCGGUUAUGUAAACAACACGGAGAGCCAGUUACGGUGUGUGACACACGGUUAGGACGAAAACCAGUCCUCUCAAUCGAGUUAGAAAAUGAACUUGCAGAUUAUUUGCUUGAUAUGGACAAUCGUUUCUUUGGGUUGACUAGAACAGAUGUUCGCAGAAUGGCAUACCAACUUGCAGUUGUGAAUGGCAUCGAGCACAGAUUUUCUGAACACCUCGGGCAAGCAGGGAGGAAAUGGUUAAAGGCAUUUGUGAAAAGACAUUCAAACUUAACACUCAGAAAACCUACCGGGACAUCAUUCGCCAGAGUAGCAGGAUUCAACAAAGCAAAUGUUAAUGCAUUUUCCGAUCUUCUGGAAGCCGAAAUGGAGAAACUCCAUUAUCCUGCAGAUAGGGUAUUCAAUGUUGACGAGACGGGUUUGACGGUGGUACAAUCAAGGUGCAGCGAAGUAAUUUCUUUAAAGGCUUCAAAAGGAGCACCUCCAGGCUCUCUAUUCGCAUGCCAUCCAUCCGGAUGGAUCCAAACACAUUUGUUCACAGAAUGGUUUCACCACUUUCUUACUAAAGUGAAACCAUCAAGGGAUGAACCGGCUCUUCUAAUUUUAGAUGGGCAUAACACACACACUCGAAAUUUAGAGUUCUUGCGCUUAGCAAAACAGAAUGGGGUAACCAUAAUAUGUCUGCCUCCUCAUACCACCCAUAAACUGCAGCCAUUAGACAAAAGUGUUAUGGGUGCACUCAAGGCCCAUUACAAUGAGGAGGUUCGUGUAUUCAUGCGAACCUAUAAACGUCCCAUCACACAGUAUGAUAUCACAGAAAUCUUCGGCAGGGCCUACCUUAAGAUACAGUGUGGUUCCAAUGCUGUUAAAGGAUUCGAGACGACAGGGCUAUAUCCGGUCCGCAGGAAUAAUUUCGACGAAUCUGAUUUUCUGAAAGCUGCACAAGAAGGCUCUGAUGACGAAUCUACCGCUGCAGUACCUGAACAAUCUGAGACUAACACGGCAACAAAUCCCACAGUAAUUGAGCAACUGUGCGGUAGACCGAAUACCCCAGCGGUAGAAACGCACGUGACCCCACAUUACAUUUUACCACUUCCCAAAUUGCAACAAAAAAAGGGACACGAGGAAGGAAACCCGGUCAGGCCAAAAUUAUCACGCCUUCUCCCUACCUUAAAGAAUUGGAGACAUCAUUGA